AUGCGUGCAUUCGCUCAAGCUAUUUCACACGAAGAGCGGCUUUCUCCUUUAGAGACUUAUGAUCCCUCGCAGGUAAUCGUUGAGUCCUCCUAUGCUGGGCCACAUUUGCCUCAAGAUGAGGAUGGUGAUUACACUGUUACCGCAGAGUUCAUGAAUACCCUUAUUGAGACAUUUAAGGCACAGGGAAAAUUACAUCGGAAGUACGCUAUGGUGCUCCUCUGUAGAUUUUAUAACUAUAUUCGCCAACUUCCUUCCCUUGUCAAUAUUGAUGUUCCUGAUGGUACCAAAUUUACAGUAUGCGGAGAUAUACAUGGUCAGUUCUACGAUCUGGUUAAUAUUUUUGCACUGAACGGAAUGCCGUCGCCAGAGAAUCCCUAUCUCUUCAAUGGUGAUUUUGUUGAUCGUGGGUCCUUCUCCGUCGAAUGCAUCUUCACGCUCAUUGGUUUCAAGCUCCUCUAUCCCGACUACUUCUUUAUGUCUCGUGGGAACCAUGAGUCGGAGAACAUGAAUCAAAUGUAUGGGUUUGAGAACGAAGUGAGGAGCAAGUACAACAAUCAGAUGGCGGAAAGCUUUACCGAAGUGUUCAACUGGCUUCCACUGGCUCACCUCAUCAAUGGACGUGUUUUGACUAUGCACGGCGGUCUCUUCAGCUCCGACAACGUAAGUUUGGACGAUCUGCGUAACAUCCAACGCAACUGUCAGCCCCCGGAUGACGGACUGAUGUGCGAAAUCCUGUGGUCCGACCCCAUGGAGGCGCGGGGACGUGCACCCUCAAAACGCGGUGUCGGUUGUCAAUUUGGCCCAGAUGUGACGCACUCCUUCUGCGACUCUAAUGGUCUCGACUACAUUAUUCGCAGUCAUGAGGUGAAGGAGCAGGGCUAUGAGGUUGCUCAUGAUGGUCGUUGCGUGACAGUUUUCUCCGCUCCUAAUUACUGUGACAUUACACAGAAUCUGGGCGCUUUCAUAACGCUGCGUGGUUCUCACGAGGUUGGUGGGAUGAAACCCGAAUUCACUACCUUCAAGGAGGUACCACAUCCACGUGUGCGGCCCAUGGCGUACGCUAAUUCGUUGCUGGCGAGUCUUUUGUAG